UAUUUUGCUCAGAGUUCAUGGGCUGAAAUGCCUGUGAAAUGUGUCUGAAAGCAUCACAAGUGAUGUCGCUCCAUGUUUCAAAGAGUUAAUUUCAUUUGCCAGUUUGUGCAGCUGCAGUUCACCUUCCGGCCAGCAGCGGCAGCACUGAACGUAAAGCUGAGCAGCUGCUGAGCGAGGAAGACGUGUGCGCCAUGUUUGAGUUUUUGUUGAAUUUACCUGCGUUUCACCGGAGUAAAAGUCGUGUUUGGGGCCGUUUAACGAGUCCUGACAUCAUCGUGAAUUCACCUGACAGGCUGUUGAGAAGUUCUACUUUACUCAUAUGAAUUAAUAUGUGUAAUAUUACUUCUGAAAAAUAACUUUAUCGGCGUUAAAAGACAGAAAUGCGUGUUUCUCUGUCGCAGCCGUCCAGGACUGCUUUACGUUAUCUGACGCCUGCACCGGAGCUAGCAAACAGAGCUAGCAUCCUAGCACUCCGUUAACACAAAGUCAAAGCAGUCGUCCUCUCCCGGAGGAUUUUCUUACUUCUGUAGUAUUUUUGUGUGUUUUUUUAACGCCGUGCUCUUCGGGAGUCUGCUGAGAACUACGAGGCCUUGCGGAGACGUGUCCACCCUCAGAAGGAGCAGAGCAUGAGGAGAUGAAUGGAGUCAAAGUGAAAGAGGAGCAAAAUGAAGACGACUGUCAGCAGCUUCCUGCCCAAGGAGACAUCGAGACAGCAGAAGAACCAGCAUUAAAACAAAGCGGCCGUCGGUCUCGGCCCCGUCACCGCUGCUCAGUAUGCAGCAGGGAGUUCUCCCGGCCGUCUCGGCUGGCGGACCACAUGAACUCGCACUCUGGCGACAAACCAUACAGCUGCCCCAUAUGCGGAAAGCGCUUCAGCAAGAAGAUAAACGCGUCGGUGCACCAGCGGGUUCACACCGGUGAGAAGCCGUACUCCUGUCCGGACUGCGGGGUCAGCUACGCCCAGCUGGGCUGCCUGCGGAGGCACCGGCUCGGACACGCCGCAGAGAAACCCUUCUACUGCUCGGUGUGCGGCCGCGGCUUCGUUCAGCGGCGGCAUCUCGUACAACACGAACGGACGCACACCGGAGAGAGGCCGUUCUGCUGCCCGGUGUGCCCCAAACGCUUCGCCUCCAGGACGGGCCUCAGCGAUCACAAGAAGAGCCACGCGGAGGAGAACCUCCUCUCCUGCUCAGUCUGCAAGAAGGUUUUCUCCACGCCGUCGUCCUUCAGGGACCACGUGAGGCUCCACACCGGGCAGAAGCCUCAUCCCUGCUCGCUGUGCUCCAAGAGCUUCAACCGGCCGGGCCUGCUGAGGAAGCACCUGCUGAGACACGCAGAGGAGGAGGAUGCGGUCGCAGCUGCAGCUGCCGCUGGCGAGGAGGAAACGCCUCACGGCUGCCUCCUGUGCCACAAAGACUUCUCCACUGCCGAGAAGCUGCAGCUGCACCAGCAGCUCCACCACAGGGCGCGGAAGUUUGUGUGCGACAUUUGCGGCCGAGGUUUCAGCAGAGCGUCGCACCUGAGGGAGCACGUCCGCUCUCACACCGGAGAGAGGCCGUUCCAGUGCGACGUCUGCAAGAAACGCUUCACCAUGCAUCGAGUGUUUAAGAAGCACCAGGAGAUCCACAGCAGGGGACGCCACGCCGCCGCCAGACCCGACAACAGCUCCACACCGUCGGACGCAGAUGACACGAAGCUCAGUGACGGCGCUCUGAACGGGCUGAAGGUUGAAAAUACUGACGGUGAAGUGGAGGCGACACAUUCACUGACGGACGGUGGUCCCGGCAGAGAAAAGAAGCUCCACAGCUGCUCCGUCUGUGGGAAGAGCUACACGAGGCCGUGCAGACUCCGAGAGCACUUCAAGAUCCACGCCACAGAGAAGCUGCACUGCUGCUCGAUGUGCAACAAGUCCUUCACCACCGUGAGCAGCCUGAGGGCUCACGAGAAGAGUCACAUGUCGGACAAACCUCACAGCUGCAGCAUCUGCUUCAAGAGCUUCCUGAGGCCCUGCCUGCUCCGGAAACACAUGAGGAUCCACAUCAGGGACGGACUCAUCGCCAUCCCCGCAGACAAGGAAUUCUGGUUCAACGUGAAGACUGAAGAGGAAGAAGAGGAGGAGAGAGAGGAGGGAGGGAUGAUGAAGGAGGAGUCAGAGGACCUUUCUUCCACCACAGAGUCCCUCAUCGCUGAGACCGCACCUCUACCUGGUAACCAAGGUGUCCAGGACAUCUUACCGUUGAAGGAGGAAGACAGAGAAGAGGACGAGGAAGGAGACAUCAGCGGUUUGAUCAACUCUGACGGGGAGGAGGAGGACUGGAGACCAGCACUGAUCGAACAAGAUCGAGGGAUCGACGCGGACAGCGAUGGGAAAAAGAAGCACUGCUGUCCUGUUUGUGGUCGAGACUGUUUUAAGGCGUCUGCGCUGCAGAAACACCUGAGGAUCCACUCGGGGGAGCGCCCCUUUCAGUGCCCCACCUGCAACAAGAGCUUCACCCAACACGUGCACAUGACGGAGCACCUGAGGAUCCACACCGGGGAGAAACCCUACACCUGCUCCGACUGCAACAAGAGCUUCACCUUCUCCAGCGCCCUGCGCCGACACCAGCGGCUGCACACCGACGCCCGGCCGUACCAGUGCUCCGUCUGCCAGAAGACCUUCAAACAGCAGAGCUCGCUCAAGAGCCACCAGCUGACGCACUCGGGGGUCCGCUACCAGUGUCCUCUCUGCAGCAAGAGCUUCAGCCGCGCCCUGGAGCUCACCUACCACGUGAACGUGCACUCCGACACCCGGCCGUACUUCUGCAACAUCUGCAAGAAGAACCUGAGCGGAGCCCGGAUCUUCCGCAACCACAUGAAGAAACACGAGUCGCCAAACGCGCCGCCGCAGAGAGCAGGAGAGACGGACGGUGAGAUCUCAGCGGUCUGACGGCGUGAGCCUGAAGAGACGCCGAGAAAACCGCCUGUCUCUGUAAAGACAUUCCCAGCAGCCCAACAUGUGUGGACUGCUGGUUGCUAGGUAACCAGUGAGGACGCUUGAGACUGAACGCUGAGUUUCAUUCAGAACAUUUUUAGUUGCAGCACUAAAACAAAACAUUAGUUAGUAAUUUAAAUCUCACUGUGAUCCUGACAGUGAGACGACACUUCAGAUGGAUUUUGGUCUCAUAUCUGUGAAGGUUUUUUUAAUAUAUAUAUAUUUUUGGUGCUUAAAACACAGUUUGGUCAAAGAGAAAUGACAUCACUUCUUGUCUAUGUGAAGGUCAAAGGUCAGUGCCUUUCUCGAGGACUCUAUAUUAGGGAUGGGGAUCAAAACAGGGUUCUGUUGAGGACCCAGUUCUGUUUUUUUCAAAACCCAAAAUUCAAAAUUCAAUAACGUUUGAGCUAAUCGAUACUGCCGUCGAGUCCCUCGGUCCUGUGAGGGAGCGCACAUUUCGAGUCGAGAAGUCAUUUAAAUCCAGUCUCUGGUCCGCAUAUAUCGACUGUACAUCAAAUUAAAACUAGAUUUUAUUGUAUUUUAUUUUAUUUAAAAGCACAGCACACAUUAAUCAACAUUUCUGUAAAUGUACUGGUGUUUGCCAUCAGGCUCAUUUUUAACUGUAGUCCACAAGAUGUUUCAAAACCUUUAAAACGAUAAAUGCAGAAUCUUCGACUGUCUUCGGGUUGAAAACAAAAAACUCAACUCUGUCAGCUGCUGCUGCAGAACCGCCGGCACGGUCGUCAUCGUAGCAGCAGCCAAAGCAAACCCAAACUUUGUAGCAAGCCCCCGCAGGUCAAAAACACAGUGUUGAAAUCCGAGUAAAAGUCGGCAGGAUGGGAGGUAGGAACGAGGUCGCAUUAGUUUCACUGUGAUGUGUUAAAGGUCGGCUCGGUAAAAUGAAAAAUCAGUAAAAAUAUUGUUUUUAUUGAUAAUACAGGGUUUUUGGGCUGAAAAUUUUGUUUUUCCAGCAAUAUAAAAGAAACAUUGAUUCAUUCGACUUUACACCAGAUAAUAGAAAAGUAUCAAUAGUGAUAUUGAUAAAACUGGGAUCGUUAAAGAGUCUCGAUAAUGGUAUCGAUAUCGAUAAAAUGUAACGAUCCCCAUCCCUACUUCAUGCAGUACGGUCCAUUAUUAAUCCAAAGACAGUUUGUCGGAGCGCCGAGGCCGUUCUGCUGCGACGGAGCGUCAGUGUGUCAUUACACAAACGGGAAUCAACGCAUCACUUAUUUAUUUAGAGUAGAAAUCAGCGGAGACUCUGCUGUUGUUGUAUUCCUUCAGAUCAAUAAAGUGACUGAGACUGAAAAUGAAGAAAAAUAAAGUGUUUAAAUGUCUUUGGUUUGUCUUUGUUUUACUUCAGAGGGAGGUGUCGGGGGAGUGGCUGAAGUUUAAAUUAUUUAAUUUUUGUGUGAAGUCUGGCGUCUAUGUUUUCUGAGGACGUCUUUAUCUAAUUUCGUCCAUGUUUUCAAUACAGUACGGUGGCCCUUAGGGUCAAAAUACAUGAUUUCACAAAACACAACUUUUCAACAAACACAAUUCAUAAAACAACACAAUUUCACGAC